AAAAUCAUGUUCCUGAAACUUGAGGAAAUAUAAAUGUGAUAUACUGUGGAAAAAUUGGAUUUCUUUUUUUUUUUUUGUAUUUUUUAAUGUCGGAAGAAAGUAAUUCCACGAUGAUAUUCAAGAGGGAUUUACUUUAGUGAAACUUUUGAAUAUUUGUAAGUACGACUGGUAGUGUCUUUACUUCAGAGAGUAGGCAUCCUCAAUAUUUUGGAAGAUUUGCAUUGUGUUAAACAGAUCGGAUAUAUCAAGUGAAUGUCACAUUUUUGUAUGUUGCAAGUUUCAAAUUGCUUUCUAAUAUAAAAUUAUAAUUCAUAUUAAUAUAGCAUAGUUCAGUGUAGCAUUUACUUGAUAUAUUUUCUCAGUUUUACACAGACCAGUUCCUCUUUCAAAAUUUUCACGUUUUCUUUUUUUCCUGAUUUUUGGUAACACUGAAACAACACCCAACAUGUGUUAUGAUUCUGACUUAUUCAAGUUUCGCUCCACUCGUCACAUCUCUUGUCUUCCUUGCAUUUCAUUUUCGAACACGCGACGAAAUCCAUCAACUCCCAGAAUAGUAAAAAGCUGUUUGUUUCGCCAGAUAUUUGAAGGGCUGCCAAAGGGCUUCUUCGUGGAGGCGGGCGCUGUCGACGGCGAGUUCCUGUCCAACACGCUGGCGCUGGAGCGGGACCUGGGCUGGACGGGGCUGCUGGUGGAGGCCGACGGGGACAUGUACCGCCACCUGCUGGGGAAGCACCGCAGAGCCUGGACCAGCCACGCAUGCCUGGCGCCGAGGCCCUUUCCCCACCAGGAGAUCCUCAUCAAGUACAGCGGGAACGCGGUCAGCCAUCCUGGCACCAGCAUGUACGCCCGAGGCCACGGCGUCCUCGCUUCUGCUGAGGCCCUGUCCCCUCUGAGGAUGGCCGGCGGAGACAUGGGCAACUCCGUCCCGCUGUACGAGUCGGUGCAGUGCCUCCCGCUGGCGUCCCUCCUCCUCGCCCUCAACAUCUCCCACGUGCAGUUCGUGUCGCUGGACGUCGAGGGCGCUGAGCCGGCCAUCCUCGACACCUUCCCGUGGCAGGACAUCGCGGUCGACGUGUGGCUGGUGGAGCACGUUGUGAGCGCCACGAACGGAGACACGAACGGUGAAAGCCAGGGGUCGCGAAUCGACGACCUUGCCGUAGACGAUGGUUCGAAUCCCGAGGCGAGACGAAACGGCAAAACAAACCAAGAUGCUGAAUUUGUUGAAUUUUUCAUCUCUCGCGGGUACAGUCUCUUCUCAGUGGAUACACGCAGCCUGCUAGAUAAUUACCUCUUUAUAAGAAAAGACUCAAAUAUCUAUCACAGACUUAAAGCUAAUAAUUAUUUCGGUGGCGCUUAAUUACCAAAGACAGAAAAAAUACCAAAUGUACAAAAAAGUUGAGUGAUAAUCCUACGGAUAUCGUUAUUUCGUAUGUUUAAAUUGAUCUCCAAAUCCAGUCAUUUGUCAUAAUCAAGCUUCAACACCAGCAACAGCCUUGA